CCUAUUCUUCCACACAACAUUUCAGCCAUGGUUGCCCCUUCCCUUGUUCGGUAGAUUGAUGGCUCGUUCUCGAGACAUCGUGGCCCCUUAUCCGUUUUCCACCAUGGAGGGUCCUACUUUAUUACGACCGUUUGGUAUAUGCCUGUUGUUGCUGAAAGAGGGGAGUUGCGACUCUGUUACGCCGCGGUGCUGUGCGAGGAUCAGCCCGUUCCGCGCCAGGAUCCACUCUUGCCCUGUGACCCCUUCUCACUGAGGCGAGUGGACCAUUCUAUUUCACUGAAAUACUAUUUCACGACGUCAAACAAAAAACCCGGCACGUACAGAACGAGCCCUACCCUACACUCCCCAUCUUGCUCCCCACCACCGACCGAUUCAAAUAGCCACCCCUCAUCGUCUUCUCCCACCCCUCCCCCCCUCCUCCUUCUUUCCUCCUCCACCUCACCAACCACGACAAGUUCGAAGCGCUUGCAAUUUCACCUCCUGCAAGAAAAUCCCGACACGACCCUCCUCCCCCUCUCAACCCGUGUCUUUAAGCUUCGACCUUUUUCCUCCAAGAUGGAAACCUUUCUUCACUCCCUCGUCCAAUCUGGACCGCUCCCCCCCGUUGGAAAAUCACCUUUUUUUGCCCUAAUGGGCGGUUUCAAAGAAACCUUUUUUUUCGCAGCUGUGCCUGCUACAAUUUCUGCGGAGCAGAUGGGCACGCCCACUGCUCCUGCAUGCAACUCCCUGGGUCCCGUCAUAGUAAGUUUUACCGCUCCUACCAUUGAUUGCAUCAUGCGCUGAUGCGGCUAGACCCAACAUCCCCAAAUUCAUAUCAUAGAAUAUGAAAAGAUGUUGCUUUUAAAGCGACAGUCGGUAACCCAGUGCGGUCUGGGAGCCUUCAAGGUGAGACUACAAUCGUAACCCAGGGGAACGAGAGCACAGUGGCGCGAGAACACCCAUGCAACUUUUAUGAGACUGGUUGUUUGCAGUGGCAUUCUCGCUAUACAGUGGGCUCGCUUUGCCGCGGGAUACUGUAUUUCCCCCGAUGGCCGAUCCGUAUACUAAUGUUUGCAUAGAGUCCGACCUUUCUCCUGAACCCGUCUGCCGCCAUUCAUUCGAGAUUCGAGAAAGGUAGAGCCCACCUCCCGGAGAUAAUUGUCCAGCCCGCCGAGCCCCUCGCCGCUGGCCACAUGUUUGAUGUAAACCAGGAAUUCUUUCGUGUGGUCAAGACCGGUGAGGGGUAUCUCUGGCGUGGCUGGAAGGGGAAAUUUACCCCUCCAAACCGGGAGGACAGCGCGGUGAAACCUAGCGGCUCUGCUUUCGGGAAAAGCAUGAGCCCCGACGGUAAGGAAAUUUACUCCUGGUGUAAAUUAGACUGCUGUCGUCGAUAUUUCGGAUCCUGCCAAGAGCAGGUGGGCAGUCAUAAGGUGGAAACACCAGUUGAGGUGGAGGAUGGCCCAGAAUGGUGGGAGAUCGAGGAUGACGGAGGGGCGGACGAGGUUGGCUACGGUUCUGGGGAUUCGGAGUAUGAUUCGGACGAAGAGUCCGAUGACUCUGAUGAAGAAUCGGAAGAGGAGGAUAGCGACGGUGAUGAUGAUGAGGAUGAGGAGGAGGGGGAGGAGGGGGAGGGGGAGGAGGAUGUAGAGGAAGUGGAAAACGGCGUAGCAGUUGCCACUGAACGCUUUCUUUGCGCUCUUCCUCGGCUUGAAUGCUGUCCUGUAAUGUUUAAGGAAAGCGUUUCGAGACUCUACUCUACAUCGUCCAAUUGUUCCUUCACCAUGUCCGACAAUUCUACCCCCAGUACCCCGCCGACGAUGCCGUGCACCCCAACCAUGAAUUCCGUGGAAAAGCGAGACCUGGUAGAAAAAUAUAAUCUUGGUCAGCGUUUUGAGGAGGCGUUGGCAGCUCACGUGAGCUCCCAACAAUCGAAAACCAGGGUUUAUCGCAUGCUCCCGGAGCUCGAUUUCCUGCAACAAGGUUCAGAACGCCAAUCCCUCCAUUGCGAGUGGAACGGUUCCAAUCGCAGCCUUGAGGCCCUGGACCUUGGAUGCGGGAGACGGGCCACGGGAGGCGAUACACCAAUCACCUUUCUCACUUCUUUCUCACAUUCGGAAUGA